CAUUGAGACUGAGACCCCUUGUGACCUCUCUGUCAGAGAUGCUUCACCAGGGAGUGACAGGAUCCCUCAGCCGGCCUCUUUCACAGGAGGCUUAUUUGACUUAACCUUUCCACAACAACCUGUAGGCCGGAGAAGAGAAGUGACAGUAUAUGUGACGACUGGGUGAACCAAUGAGCACCACACCAACCCCAGACCCAGACAGAGAGAGCCUCCCGCCCGAAAAGAGGGACCCCAGACCAGGCCUCUCAGAGCAGAUUGCUGCUGUCACAUUCAAGGUCCCCUUCCCCUACAAGAGCCAUAAUGUAGUCAAGCCCUACAAUGCAUCCCACUCAAACCUGCUCCCACCUACACAUGCAUCUGUUCCCCCGCUAUACCAGCCCUGGACCCAGUCCCCCACCACAGCCUCCACCACCAGAGCCAACCAUCUCUCCUCUCCUAUCAGGGAUAGCCAUGGCUGGGCUGAGUGGAGGGAGCACUAUUACAGAGGUUGGGCUGCAGUCUCGCCAGGAUGGCAUAUUCCCUACAUUUUCAAUGACCGCUCCACAUAUCCCUCAGAACACCCACGCCGCCACUCUAUCUGCAGAAAUAUGUCCCAGCCUACCGAGGAGCCCGGUGGGGAGGAUGGAGGGUACAGUUGCCACUUUAAUAAAAAAAUGAGGGAGAAGUUAAGUCUACACACCGAACAGCAAAACAGACAGAGGGGCCUGUAUAUGAGAAGAGAGAAACAGGGAGUAAACCAGUCACAGAGCCACAGCUCAGAGGCAGGUUCUGCCCCCCUGAACACUGCUCUUUCUCCUACUGCCUCCAAGGACCUACACCACCACCCUGAACUGGUCUACACACACCACUCCACAGCCCCCAAGUAUCCUGAUUCAGGGCAAAGUCCUUCGGCGUUUGCAGAAGAAUCUCCCAUAAGACCGUCACUUACUGUUCAGUCAACAGAGAAAAACUGGACUGUGGGAGUAACAGAAAAAGUAGACGUGUCUACCCCUCUCUCCACCCAUCACUCUUCUUACCCCUCCACCUCUUCUAACCAGCUGCCCUGGUUGCUCCCUCACUUUGCGGCAGGCUCUCUAAUCGAGCUCAGAGACGGGCGACUGAGGAGGGUGGAGGAUUUGCAGACAGAAGAAUUUCCUGAUCAACACAGAGGCCUGUCCAGCGCUACAUCUGAGCUGCUGUACUGUGCAGCACAUCUCCCCCUCCACAGACCCCUCCCUCUCCCGCCUCCUCAUCCUCCUACAUGAAGAACAUUCUCAGGAGUUUCUGGAUGUGUAUGUGGAGUACCCGUUCUUUGUGUGCGGACGUGGCUGGUCCUCUUGCUGCCCCCCGAGAACAGCCCGUCUGUGUGGACUCCGCUGCCAUCAGCUCAGUGUUGGUGAUGUCUGCCUGGCUCUUAUACCUACAUCCCCCUCUGCCACCCAGCCACAGGAGCCUGGCACCCCAGCCCGAGGGAGACAUGGGAGGGCCUAAGACUCUACAAACGUCCUUUCCCCAUUCUCCCCUUCCCGCUGCUCCAGACAGGCCAAUGAAAGGGCAGGGAGGGGGGCUGGGCCCAGCACGGAAGAGUCAUUGGUCAGCCCCUGAACUGCGUGGCCCAGGCACCAACUGCCCUUACUGACAGUGAUAAACACCAUUGCCAUUAUGGAGAGGGAGCCAACAAAGCCAAGCCAAGCCUAACUUUUGUUUUAUUAUCUUUAUCUCAACCUCACAUUCUUUCCAUCCCUUUCUUCGUGACUGUCUGUCUCUGUUUUGUAUAAAGAAUAAUUAUGAUAAAGUAGGAAAGAAAUGUAAAUUUGACUCAGGAUUCUGUACGGAUAGUAAGCAAAGGACAAUUGCAGGUACUGGUGUAAAAGCCGUGGAUUAUCAGAAGUGUGGGAGACAGAAUAUGUCAGGCACAACAUAUUACCUUUAGCCUACUUUAGAAUUUUAUCAAUUAGAUCAUUCAGGGGGGAUAUAUUUUAUUAUUCGCUACCUCCUAUAUAUACCAUUUAAAUUGACAACUGUUUUCUUGUAUGUAGAACAGUGAAUGCUGUAGUAUGUCUCAGUGAGUGUGAAUGGCUCUCUGUGUGCUGUAUAGCUGACAGUUGUUGGCAUUACCUUAUACACCGGUGUCUUUUCUUUGGUGUUUGUCUGUUCUUACUUCAGUAUGACAAUAUUUUUGUUCUGAAAUGAUUACUCAAUCAAUCAAAUGUAUUUAUGAAGCCCUUUUUACGUGAGCCAAUGUCACAAAGUGCUAUACAGAAACCCAGCCUAAAACCCCAAACAGCAAGCAAUGCAGAUGUAGAAGCAUUGUAAGGUAAAUAACUGCGACUGAUUUAGGAACUGUUUGUGUUGAUUAAGAAUAGUAAAUGUUUAAAGUAUAUUUUCUAUGCUUUACCUCACCAGAUGAUGUUUACAAUAUGUAUAUCAUGUAUAAAUCCAUCAGCGUUUUCAGUUCCCAUGCUUUGGCUGUCACUGUGUGAGAAAAUGCUUUUCUGGCCAAAUGAUAUAAAUGUAUUGCACCUGCUAUGUCUGACAGUUCUGGUAUAUUUUGUUGCUGUAGUCUGACAUUUAGUUUUGACAGAAAAUAUAGCCUCGAUUCGCCCACCUGCAGAUCUGGAAGGACAUCAAAAGGCAGCUGAAACUGAAUGAUAGCUCAGAGUUCUCUCCAUCUGUCUCUUGUGGGCAAAAACCUUGGCAUCUCUGGGACCACAUGCCUCUGUUGUGUUGUGCAGAGCUUAGUGCAGUAGGUCUGUGCCCCCUCCUUCAGGAAACUGAACCCAACAGGGCUCUAUUAAUCCCGCACAGUCUCGUAUUUAACGUCAACCCCAUCAUCCCUCACAGCAGCAGCCUCUCAAUCUGCAUACAGACAGCCAUAUGUCUUACACCUGACCUCCACUCUGCAAACUACACCUUCACCUACCUGUUGUUCAAAGGAAAAAAAUGGGUCGCCAUUUUGUUCUCAUUG